AUGGCUCAGUACAAGCAUACGAAGUCGGCUUUGAGAUUCUGCGCCGAACAAAAUGAGAUUCUGGGUUAUGAUGCACUACAAAGUGCAGUUGGAGAGCCAAGGAUUCAAUUUGCCAUAGUUCGACAUCCCAUCGAUAGAUUUCUCAGUGGAUUUGUAGACAAAUGCAUCAGGGAAGCCAAAGUGGAGAAAACGCGCUGUUUCGAGUGCAACAGUAAUAUAAGUUGUUUUGUUGAUAAUCUAUACAAUUUGUUGAUGAAAACAGUAGAAGAAAACUUGACGACAUAUAACUACGAACUUGCUCACUUCGCGCCACAAACUUGGUAUUGCGACUUCAAGGAUCAUUUUGGGGAUUACAUUAUUCUGCACCGUGGCGAAGGAACUAUCGGAGUUCUAAAACUUGCGCAAGAACUUGAGUCAAUUUUUAAGAGCGCUCGUAUUCCCGAUAGUUUAAGAAAGGAGAUACUUAAUGAACUACUUGGUAAGUACAACAAUCGCUAUUGA